AUGCCACCAUCGCGAUAUACUCUUGGCUGUCACGACCGCUGUGGUUACGGCGAUGAGCCUGCCGUUUUGGCAUCGUCAAACAUUAGGGCAGUGCCGCUUUGCUGUUUGGAACCCGAUCCAAGCAGGCUCGGGUUGCUCACUUUGAUCUUUGCCUGCCGAAUGUCUCACUGCUUUGGGUCACAAAUGAUGGGAGAGGAAAACAUGGACGCUCCGGAAAAACCAAAGCUCCUCAAAUCCAAGACGAGCCGGAAGGGGAUCGGCAAGUCGGAUAACCUCUUUGAGUCUUCCACUUUGCACAGCCCAAAGCGGAUGGACGCCCAGAUAGCAAAUGACAAACAGGCGGCAGAGCCAACAGUCGAUCUUGAGCAUCUGUCAGAACAGCAGUUUCUUGGGAUGUUGGCUUGUUGUCGAGCAACAAUUAUUGUCCCUCUCCCCUAA